UUGUUCUCUGGUCUCUUUAUGUUCACUUUACAGAGUGCGAAAUAAAUAAUACCAAGUCUUUCAGGGAAUUCAGUUCAAUUCUCCUCAUUGUCACAGUCGCUGGUUGAUUGGAAAGGCGUGGGUGUGGGCGUGUCCAACCGGGGUGUGGUCGUGUGCAAAGAAAUCAACAAAUUCUAACAAGAACGCAAACGUGUGCCAUGUUCACUUUGGAUCCACAGUGAGGACAAACAGACAUCAUGAAGGCUUUAUCUUCACCAGAGUCUCCCAGGAAGAGAUCCAUGAGAAAGGUGCCCAAACCUCUGAUGGAGAAGCGCAGACGGGAGCGCAUCAACCACAGUCUGGAGACACUGAGACGUCUGAUGAUGGAGAACACUCGCAAUGAGAAGCUGAAAAACCCAAAGGUGGAGAAGGCAGAGAUUCUGGAGAGCGUGGUCCAGUUCCUGCAAACUGAGAAGGAGGUUCUGUCCAGGGAUCAGACAUGUGUCCGGCAGAACAACUACCAUGACGGGAUGAGGUCGUGUCUGCUGAGGGUCAGCCAUUUCAUAGCCAAGAGCCAGGACUUGGAGGAAACUGGUGCAGAGAUGGUCCAGGGUUCUGCUGCUUCUCCUGAGCCUCUUAAUCAAACUUCCUCCCUCGGACACAUGCACAACAAGGCACUGAUCCCCGCACCUUCUCGUGACUCUGCUCCUCUGGCUGCUCAACAUCUGCCCCGCCAGCACCGCCGGCACGGUAUCUCUCACCCGUACCUCAGCCAGAGAACUGGCCUCCACACCUGUGAGACCAGGAAGCUGCUCUCCAGUCCCUCAUCGUGCACGCACAUCACUGAUCCAGUGUGGAGGCCAUGGCCUCAGUAAGACACACCUGGACACAUGCGGACUGUGUAAAUAUCUGUUUCAUUGUACAGCCUGAAAUCUCUUGUACAGUUAGAGAACAUUUUCUAUGAAAUAUGUCACGUGUAAGAUGAUAUUUUCCACUUUACUGUGGUGCCCCCC